CUGAGCAUGCGCAGACCUGCUCGGGGAGGGGCGCGUUCCUCUGGGCUGCCUGGCGAUGGGGGUCCCCUCCGUAUCCGGGUUCCGGCUGGUGGUGGCCUUUGCGGGGGGCUCCCUGCUCUUCGUGGUCCUAGCUUCGUAUAGGGCAGGGAGCGAGCUUCAGAUACUCAACCAGUUGACUAUCUACUCUUUCUGGAAAAGUGACAAGCCGAUUUACAAGCUUGACGUAAGCUGGCCUAAAUUUCCAGAACUACUAACAGGCCAAACGUUUUGCGUUGCUGUUGACCACAUCCAUGGAUUAGUUUACAUUGGACAGAGAGGUGAUAAUAAUGUGCCAAAGGUUGUGGUGUAUGGCGAAGAAGGCUCUUUCUUACAAGCAUGGAACACCACCAUUGAAAUGCCCCAUGGCAUGUUUGCACUGAACACUCCCAAUGCAAGUUCCAUUUGGAUCACAGAUGUUGGCACUGGUGGAUGUGGACACACAGUUAAACAGUAUGAUCCUGCAGGAAAUUUGCUUCAAGUCCUGGGCACACCAGGUAAAGCUGGUUCUGGGACAAACCCCCUGCAGUUUGACCAGCCAGCAGAGAUUUUUGUUGAAGAAACAGGUGACAUCUACAUUGUGGAUGGGGAUGGAGGGAUGAACAACCGCUUGCUCAAAGUGACUCAAGAUUUAAAGACUUUGUGGCUGCAUGGGGAGAAGGGUUCUGCCAUUACACAGUUUAGGAUUCCACACAGUGUAACAUUGGAUUCUGUUGGACGGGUAUGGGUAGCUGACAGAGUCAACCAACGGAUCCAGGUUUUUGAUAAAACCACAGGGGAAUGGUUGGGCUCUUGGAGUAGCUGCUUCACAGAAGAUGGACCUUAUUCUGUCAGAGCCUGCUCCUCCAACUAAAAAGCUGAGAUGGGCUUUGGAGCAUUAAAAGGAAGUAAAGUGUCAAUGUGGAAAGAAGAAGAAGCAGUCACAUAAUGCAAAAAAAAAAAAAAAAAAAAAGGAAAAGGUGUCUCAACUGAAACUUUAUCACCAAUCCAUAUUUUCUACAACAACCCAGAAUUUUCAAAAUCCAAUUGCCACAGGGGCAGACAGUGAGGUGAAAUCUUCUGAACAGGGGCACAGACAACAAAACAAACACCACAAGAUUGUUAACCCUAUGCUAUGCUAACCAAAGAUUAUAUAUAUACACAGACACACACAUAAUAAAAGUGAAAAUGUGUAUGUGGUGGAGGUGUCCACUUACACAGACAGCCUCUCACCUUCAUGAACAGCUAUAACCCACAGUGCUGAGGAGCCACCAAAAGCACUCUCUCCACUGACCUCACAAGUUAUAGCGAGCACCAUGAACAUGUAGCCCAAACCCUGCCAAUGCUUUUCCCAAACACCAUACUGCCCACCACCCAAGUGAAGGCUUUCAUACGGGGACAAUUUCCUCCUAGAUGUCCUGUUUUUCCUCCAGAAUGGACAUCCCAAGGUUCCUUAUUGUCUUCAUUGGUGUGGAAUUUGCAUGACCCCACCCACUGCCUCUCCCUUAACAAUUUUCUACCCACAGCAAACAGAAGUAUUGAUCAGCAACUGAACAAGAGGUUUGGGGAGAAUUCACCAUGAUUUGUAGGAGUUGUAGGUACUGGGAUGUAUAGUUCACCUGCAAUCAAUUAGCACUCUGAACUCCACCAAAGGUGGAAUUUGACAAAACUUGGCACACAGAGCCCUCAUGACCAGCAAAAAAUAUUGGAGGUCUUUGGGGAAAAUUCACCUUAAUUUGAGGGAGUUGUAGUUCACUUACAUCCAGAGAGCACUGUCCACCCAAACAACAAUGGAUCUGGACCAAGCUUGGCACACAUACCUGAUAUGAUGGGAGAACUGACUUUCCUUUCUGGGAGUUGUAGUUCACCCACAACCAGGGAAACUGUGACCUCCACCGAUGAUGGACUUAGGCCAAACUUGGUACACAGAACCCCCAUGACUAACUCAACCUACUGGAGGGGUUUGAGGGGACUGACUCACCAUAGUGGGAGUUGUAGUUUACCCUGCAGCCAGAGAGCACACGAAACCUCACAGAUGAUACAUCCAGAGCAAACUUGCCCAACAUAACAAACUUUAAGUACUGAUGGGGUUUCUCAGGGUUAAAUUGGCAUACUGUCAGUUGUAGUUCACCCACAACCUCAUGCAUUUUGUACAAUUAAAAUUUUGACUUUUUCAAAUAACCCGGGCUGGGUACCCAAGCUAGUGUGUGUGUAUGUGUAUAUAUAUAUAUACAUAUGGCUGGCGUUACACUUAAAAAAUGUACCUGCCCCAUUUGCCUCAUUCUAAUGUUAAUGAUGAACAGAAAUGUUAAUGUUAGAAAGUAUUUGACCAGCGAGAACAACACAGGCUCUGUGUCCCUACAGGCAGGAGUUCAGUUCUAAGGUCAAAAGUUUGCAGUUACUCACCACCCAAGAAUUGGAUUCCUCCAGCCACCCUGCCCACAGUCCUGGAGAUAAGCUCCGACACGCAGCAUCCCAUGAGCGCAGUCAGGGCCACCAGAAGAAGAAGCCCGCAGCCCAGCCCUGUCACCACGGUGCAGAUCAUCCACUCCACGCUCGGGAUGGCCUGGAAGGAGGCGUAGCGCCCGCACUGCUCCACCAUCACCGUGAUCUGGCGGCUCUCGUCUCGGACAGGAUAGGAACAUCUCCGGAAAGUGCCAAAAGAUACCGGCUUUUCCAGCUGGGACCCCAGCAGCCAGUAAGGCAUGAAGAACCCCACACAGGAGACGCCAGCGCAGACGAAGGAAAAAAAGGCCCAUAUCACCCCUGUGCAUGUAAGGCUGGAUACCAUUUUCCCGCCCAUGGCGAUGCACUGUGGCAAAGGCGAGCCUGGAAGACGAUUCUGUAUGUGCUGUGCAAGUUUGGAGGAGUACUGUGGAUAAUCCAAAAGCCCUUAGUUCCAGUUACUCCCCAGUCCGACAAGACCUUCUGUAAGAGGCAUCGUGUUUGGUUCUUUUAUCAUUGAGAGUAAAGUUCCUGGUGCAGCCAGGAGUUUUUGCCUCGAUCCUUCCUUCUCAAUGACAGCUGAAGUUGUUGCAGUGACAGGCAAUAGGGAAAUGAAAGAAGAACAAAUCAGAAAAAAAUAACCAUUAGCACAAUCUUUCUUUAGGUGCAAGACUGAUUUUUUUUCUAAUGUGUCAAGGAUUUGUACCAUAUUUAUGGCCACUGACUAAAAUUAUUCCUAUUUUUCAAUAGGCCAACAACCAAUAAUUUCACAAUCAGCAAUGGCCUAUAGACCUCCACUUUGAGUACCAUCACAUAAGUAUAUAACACCUACUUGUUCCAUCAACAAUGGGAUGGAAGGGAAACUAUGAAAGUAGCUGGAGAAAACAAGGCAAAAGGCGGUGAAAGUUUGGUAAAGGUAGGGCUACCAGAUCCAAGGAAUAGGGUGCCCAUUCACACUACAUAAUUAUAGUGCUACAAUUCCACUUUUUAAUAGUAUUAUUAAUAUUAUGAUGAUGUUGUCGAAGGCUUUCAUGACUGGAAUCACUGGGUUGCUGUGGGUUUUCUGGGCUGUAUGGCCAUGUUCCAGAAGCAUUCUCUCCUGACCUUUCCCCCACAUCUAUGGCAGGCAUCCUCAGAAGCUGUGAGGUCUGUUGGAAACUAGGUAAAUUGGGGUUUAUAUAUCUGUGGAAGGUCAAGGGUAGGCAAGUAUGAACAUUGCAAUUGGCCAGCUUAAUUAGCAUUGAAUAUCCUUUCAGCUUCAAGGUCUGGCUGCUUACUGCCUGAGGUGUUAGCUGGCCCUGAUUGAUUCAUGUCUGUUUUCUGACUGGUGUUCUUUAUUUACUGUCCUGAUUUUAGAGUUCGUUUUAAUACUGGUUGUUAGAUUGUCUUCAUUUUCGUGGUUUCUUCCUUCUUGUUGAAAUUGUUCACAUGCUUGUGGAUUUCAAUGGCAUCUCUGUGUAGUCUGACAUGGCAGUUGUUAGAAUGGUCCAACAUUUCUGUGUUCUCAAAUAAUAUGCUGUGUCCAGGUUGGUUCAUCAAGUGCUCUGCUAUAGUUGAUUUCUCUGGUUAACUUAGCACACAGACAUUGAAGCUAAAAGGCUAUUCAAUGCUAACAAGGUGGCCAGUUCCAACAUUCAAACAGACAAACAAACUGUCUCAAACAGACAAGAGUUAUUUUUCCCAGCUUGAACAUUUUAGAUAUAUACACCCCAAUUUUUCUAGUUUCAACAGACCUCAAACCUCUGAGGAUGCUGCCAUAGAUGCAGGCGAAACAUCAGGAAAGAAUGCUCCUGGAACAUGGCCAUACAGCCUGGAAAACUCACAGCAACCCUAUUAUUAUUAUUAUUAUUAUUAUUAUUAUUAUUGUUUAUUUAUAUCCCACUUUUUCUCUCCACAAGGAGACCCAAACAGCUUUAAUUGCUAUGACAGUGCCCUAUGGAAUUUAAGUUUAGUCAGAGGAACCAAAGGAGCUCCUUGGCUGAAGAUCCGAAAUGCCUCUCCCAACAUUGUCAAUUCCAUAGGAUGCGGCCAUGAAAGUUAAAGCGGAAUUCUAAUGUGACAACUGUGUAAUGUGAAUGGGCCCAGGACAUCAUUCUCCCAGUUUGCUUGGCAGCAACUGAAUCACACCCACUUUGGAUAAGCCGCCAACUAACCAAAUAAUAAAACAAACUAACAAAUGGCAAAAACACUCUUCUGUCUUGUAACAGUCUCUCCACACAUCAUCAGUAGAUAAUGCUUAUAUCUCAGUGAGGCUGUAAAUGGCAGAUUUAGAAAAGGCAGCAGAGAAAGUGGCAAAUGUUCCAUUCACUCCUUCCUCCAGCUGUGAGACCAUUUAGGUAAACAGAAGAAGAAAAAGUCUGCCACACUGCAUGGAAACAAAUGAUAAACUGCACAGUUAUGAGAUCUUAAAGGAGCAUCUCCCUUGUGGGUGUCCUCCAGCCCUGUUAAGACAACAACCCCCAUCGUCCCCUCCCCUGGCUGAGAGGAAGGAGAAAUGUAGUUCAACACAUCUGGAGCACACCUGGUUGAAGGGAAAGGGAUCUCGGGAGAAUCAGAUGUAUCCUUGGGCCAGAAUGAGGACAAAAGAGACCAAAGAGAGGCUGUGGCUUUGCUCUCCUCUGGUGCCCUGGGACUCAAGGGAGGAAAGAAAAUGACCAUGUUAGGCAAGCAAUGUGCUUUCCCAGGGAGAACAAAACAGGACAGAGACUCUUGUGGGAAAGGAGGAAUGGGCUCGUUGGAAUGUGGCAAGGGCACGAAGAACACUGCUCCAAGCCAGCCUGGAAGAAGCACUGUUGCUCUUUCUGCCUCAGGGAUGCCAAGACUCAGCCCCAGUUUCACAAAGUCUGGAAUAAGAGCACCACUACCUCCCAGCCAUCUCCAUUGCUGAACCCAUCUCUUUUGAGUGCCUGUGGGUUUUGAAGAGGAGAAGAGGAGGAAGGGGGGGGGGGAGAAGAUGUGGAAAUAGAAAAGGAGGAAGAAGGGAAAGAAGAAGGGGAGGAAGAAAAUGGGGAAAAGAAGAGGUGGCAGAAAAGGGGAAGGAAGCAUUCCCGACAGAUGGCCAUCCAGCCUCUGCUUAAAAGUCUCCAAAGAAGGAGCCUCCACCACACUCAGGGGCAGAGAGUUCCACUGCUGAACAGCUGCCUCUCACAGUUAGGAAGUUCUUCCUAAUGUUGAAGUGGAAUCUCCUUUUGUGUAAUUUGAAGCCAUGUGGAAGAAGAGGAGGAGGAAGAA